AUGUCUUCCAAGCGCAAGUGCGUCCAAACGCCCAUUGAGGAGAAGGUGAAGAAGCUUAAGAGCUGGCAGCAAAACCGACACUGGACACCGACUGAGGCUGCUAGUGAGUUGAAGGUGAAAAACGGGACGCUAUUAGGCUGGCGGAAGGAGCUGUCGGACGCAAAUCUCUCUUUCGUUAGAGAACCUCAGCUAGAGGAAGGACGGUUUCGAAAGUCAGGUGCUGGGCCUAACCAUAAGCUCAAGAGCUACGAGUCUCAGGUACUCGAGUAUUUCGAUUCGUGCAUGGCCGAUGGUGGUAAAAUCUCUAGAGCGGAGUUACGUCAAUACUGCCGCCAAUUUCCGGAAUUUCAGCUGGAAAGCGACGGUAAUCAAAAAAUGUGGGUAUGGCGUUUUUUUAAACGUUAUCAAGAAACCUCAGAAACAACAAUCCAGCCGGUGAAUAUACUUUCGUUUCAAGUGGCCGAAAAGGCUGACGAGCCGUCUCCAGUUGAAACUUCACCUACCACUGAACUGUCUCCGACUGAAAUACCAUCUCCGGCGGAACCGCCGUCUCCACUUGAAGAGCUGUCUCGAGUUGAGGUCACAUCUCCGUCGAUAUUCCAUCUCCAGCCGAAGCCUCGUCUCCAGACGAACUGA